GUAGUAUAAAUGUUAUUUUACACACAAAGAGACAUUCUUGAUAGAUUUUGCUAUAAUCGGCAUUUUUUAUAAUGAUUUCAUUUAUUAAGUUACUAAAAUGGAUAAUUUUUGUUCUAUUAGAAAGUAGCAUAAUUAGAAAUGCUUAUACCUUUCAAGAUUUAGUGAUAAAUGAAGGAAAUUAUGUGAUAAGCGGAAGUAAGACAGUUUCAUCUCUGACUGUAAAGGCAGGGUCGAAUAUUACUUUUAACAGUGAUACCAGUAAACUAUUUGUCAAAUAUGGGUCAAUAAAAUUGGCUGGAGAUGUUGAUAAGCCUAUACAUAUAUUAACGAAACACAAAAAACCACCAUUUGUAAGUAAAAACUAUAUAUGGACAAUAGAUUAUCAGGAUUCUCAAAGAUAUGAAUAUUAUCCAAAAUAUCUAUCAAAGAAUAAUGCCACCUACAACAUUUGUGGGUAUUCGGGUAAUCCUGCAACAUUUGCCAAGCUUCAUUGCCAAGACUUGGGGUUCUAUGACAAACAAUUCUAUACUUAUACACGUUUAUCGUUCUACUCUGGUUGUUAUUCAGUUACUUGUUCAUCUUACGCUAAAACUACAAAUCAAUGUCAAUUUUCCACAAGACUAAAGUUUGAAUCGAGAAGAUUAAAGAUAACCUGCUACAGAUGGUCUCUAUACCAAGGUAUCAUUGGUGAGACUAUAAGUGACGUUUCCAUUUCAAACGUUAUAACCAAUGUUGGAAUACAUCUAACAGCAUCCUAUGUGAACAAAUUUGAGUAUGUUCAAGCCAGUAAUAUCAAUGCAAAUCCAUCUAUUCUUAUUGAUACAAAGAAUAAAGGGAGGAAAGAGGUCAAUUUAAACUCAGUAACGGUUAAAAGAGGCUCUGGUUCUGGUCUAUUCGUUAAUUUUGACACAAAGUUUCAAUUAAAUAACAUUGAAGCUAUAGAUAACGAAAAAGAUGGAAUCUUUAUAAGAUCACCAUACAUUGAUAGACCAACGGUUUCUCAGACAAAUUACUGUCAAUUGUCAUGUUCCAUUUGUACUUCAACUACUAUUAAAUAUCCAACUCUUCUUUUUAUUGAUUCCAAAUGUUCGGGUACACAAAGAAAGGUAUUUAAAGCGGAACAAGGGCAUUUAUUUACAAUUAAAGUAUUUGGUUCCAAUGAAGUUAAUUAUAGUAUUAGAGACGGAAAACACGAUAGUUCUCCAUCUAUCGUAGAAAAUAAAUAUUCUAAAGAUAUCGAUGAUUAUUAUCAAACUAAAGGAGAAUUUAUUAACAUAAACGUUAAAGAUAUUCAAGAGAAUCAAGAAUUUUUCAUCUAUCUUGAAUCGUUUAAAGGCUCAACAAAUUUUAGUUUUAUACAAAAUUCAAGGUUCAACGGUAACAGACACGGAUUGAAUAUAGAUUUUUUCAAACUUCCUAUUAUCAUGAAAGAUGUUAAAUGCAUGAACAAUAGAGAAAAUGGUAUAAAUUUAAAAUAUACUUAUGGUUUGACAAACUUACGCGACGUCGAAGUUAAUAAUAAUAGAAAUGGUCUAGAAGUAUUUGGAUGCUGUUCACAAUUUAUUAUUGAACAUUCAAAAUUCAUUUCUAAUGAAGAAGAAUCGGCAUUCGUUCAUUUUUCAAGAUCUAGCGACGAUAAGGGAAUCAUUCAGACAUUCUUCUAUGAUAAUACGUUUGAAAAUCAAAUUACAAAACAGACGAUAAAAACUUUGAAAGAAAUAGAUUUAAGAAUUGAAAGAAACGUUUUCAGAAACGUCCCAGGUGUUUUAAAUUUUGACGGUAACGUCGCUCACUUAACAGCUAAAGUCUAUAUUCUAAAAAAUCAAUUUAUACCGAAUGAAGCUGGGAAUUAUGUGUUAACUAUUUCAAAAUCAACAAACAUUAAGAUAAUUGAUAAUUAUAUGUCAAAUUGUAAAGGUGGAUUAGCGACGAUUGUUCAUAGGGAAGACUAUCGUCUUGGAUUAAUAAUACGCGAUAAUAAAGUAUAUAAUUGCUCAAUGGCGGAUUCACUUUUGACAAUAGACGUCGAUAAGUCACAAGGUAUAUUUGGAACUGUAAUAGAGAAGAAUCAGUUUGUUGAUAAUUACAUUGAGAGCGAGUUGCAAUUAAAUUUUCCUCAUUAUGUUUAUGCAACUGUUAAAAUAACUUCUCGUUUUGUAUUCAAAAUACGUAAAAACACCUUUAUCAAUCCAAGAGUAUCGUUUGAAUUCAAAUUUAGCGAAGGUAUGUCUCAUGGAGCUAUCCACGAUUUGAGCAAUAACUAUUGGGGUAACUUAAAUGUGUGGGAACGCGUAAUGGGUGAUCACAUGUUUUAUAAGUUUUCAAAGAUUAUAGUUAAUCCUAGAUAUAUGGAUUCGCAGUUAACUAUCUUAAAAAAUGAAGAUUUCUAUAAAUUCCAUAAGAAUGGUAAGCUUGGAGGAGAUAUCUCUGAAGAUGUAGUCCUUAAAAAGGGUACGUACGAGAUGAAGUCAAUUACUAGAAUUAAAAGAGGCUCUAAAGUUACUAUUGAAGAUGGAGUGAAAAUUAUCGCUUGGCCUUAUACUGGGAUAGAAGUCUACGGUAAGCUAGAUAUUCUGGGAAAAAAACAAGAUGGAGUUGUAAUGAAUAUGCUAGGUAAUAAAUUUAAUCAAGAUCGAAUUAACACCGACAGGAGUUCUGUAUCAACUUUUAAAGUCAACUCGACUUAUUAUAAAGUCUGUCUACGGCCUAAAGAACCGAAAUAUGGACUAAAAGAACUAUCUACAGAAGAUAUGAACAUGUUAAAUGCCGUUUGUCAGAGUGGUGCAUAUAUCGGUUACAAGAGUCACAAUAAGUACAGAGUUUGGAAGAAGGAUGAAAGUAAAAUAGGAGCGAUUAUUGAAUGCUCGAAACCCGAUUUUAACUUUUGUACAGUUGACACUGGUCCCUGCGAACUUUUUGUAUCUAUAACAUGCGAUAAAAGAUCAUGGGGUGGUUUAAGUUUUCUCGCAAAUUCUCAACCAAGCACAAUCGAAGGUCUUUCGAUAUUAAACGCCGGCCUUUUAGGAUAUUGUUUAUACUUUGAGUUUCUACAACACAAAGUUAAAAAUAUCUAUCUUCAGUCUAAAGGGGAAUAUAGUUUAACUGUUCACCAAUCUUGGAUAAAUGAUAAGAUAAUAUUAGAAAAUUUGAAUAUUACACAAGGAAAGGAGAGAUCGCAUUUAUAUCAAGCUGGAAAACAUAUUGAAGUUAGAAAUUCUACUUUCUUUAAUGCUGGUAUAACGAUAUAUAGAUCAAAAACGGCUAGUUAUAUCAACGAUAUAAAGGAAAGAGAUGAUAUUAGGCUAGUGAAUGAUAAUUGCCCAGAUCCAUCUUUAUACAAUAUAAAAGAAGGUGAACAUAUCGCAAUUCAAACAAGAUUGGAUAGAAAAUUGAAUAAACUAUGCUCAUUGAAAUUCUCUACUGAUAACAAUCUAUAUUUAAAGAUACUAGUUUACACAAUAAGUGGAUCUGAUAAUUACGUCAUUGGGAAUGUGAACAGUCAAUACAAAGUUAUUGGCCUUACCGUAAAUGAUGGAACAUAUUUCUAUUUGAUAAAAGGAAAUACUGCAAGUUUUCAAUUGAAGAAUCAUGAUUACUUUAGUUCUGUUAAUUAUAUUAUUGUAAAGAGUAUUAGCCAACAAGAAGGAAGUAAUGAAGAUAUUUCGUUGAAAAGUACAUUUAAAUUGGAUAAUUCACACUUUGAAUAUUCAAAAUCAUUAACAUAUCCUACUCAAUCUGCUUCAAUCAUAUGUGAAUUGUAUAAAGAGAUAGAUAUAACUAUAGAAGAUGUAGUUGUUAAAGAAGCAAGCUCUUGUAUAUUAGUAUCAGGAUCGUUAAGAGAAAAAUCAACUAUAAACGUUAAACAUUCAAAGUUUAUUGGAAGUGAAUAUCAAAAAGUUGUACACGCUAACGAAUUUCUUCCUAGUUCACUUGGUAUAAGUAUUGAGAAAUGCGAAAUUGAAGGAGGAACUAUAUUUGAAAGUAAGGUUCAAGUGAGGGGUGUUCAUCAUAAUCACGCUUCAUUAAGGAUUAUUGAUAAUAAUAUUAGAUGCUCUAGUCCUGUUAACAUCUACUUUUAUGGAAUGCAUGCCGAUCAAACGGAUUUUCUAACAGAUAUUCUAAUUGCUAAUAAUAAUGUCUUUUGCCCAAAACGUUCUUAUUUGGGUUUUGUUAAAUCAAGUGUAUUUGGUAAAAUGAAGAUUAUUAAUAAUAACGUUCAAGAAAACUUUGGAAGUUUAAGAUUAUCAUACGUUGAUGGAGAGCUGGAAAUUAAAAAUAAUACUUUUCAACAUCAUUCAAUCACUUCGUCAUCUUUGAUUCAAAUAUCUAGCCGUCUUAAAUAUAAGUCGAUAUCUGGGAGAAAGAUACAUAUUUCAGAAAAUAAAUUUGAUAAUAUUACUUGUACGAAGACAACUUUCCUAUUUAGAAUUCAUUAUACGAAAUUUACAUUCUCUUCGAACGUUAUAACAUCAUCAGCGAGUAUUCGAUCUAAUCUAUUUCAAUUUUUGACAACUGGGAAGAAUCUUGGUUAUAAUAUUAUUGGUAAUACUAUUAAGUCUAAUAAGGGUUUAAAUACAAUAAAAUUGAUGGGAAAUUUAAUUCCUUAUAUGGAAAAGAAUACUUUUAACAAUUGGAAAACAGAAUACGAAAUCUUCGUCGGCAUCUUAUGUCAAUUUGGAAAUGAUGAUACGUGUCGAUUUAAAAUUCCAAAGAAUUUUUGGAAUUCUUCAAGUCCUUAUGAUAGAGUUUAUCAUGGAUUUAACGAUGGAGUAUUGGCUAGAUUAAAUUUAUCUCCAAUCUUUGAAGAUUCAACUAUGAAGACUCUUGUUGAUAUUGAAGAUCAAGUAAAAAUAUCUAAUCAUUCAUAUUUCCGUGGCUAUAUAAACGAACCAAGAGUUAUGCAGGGAUCUAUUGAAAUCCAUGGAAAUACAAUUUUUGAAGACGACGUUAUCGUAAAACCAAACAAAACUAUAAUAAACAUUGAACUGUGUUCAAUAGUUUGGUUUAAAAGUGGUAUUCAAGCUCUUGGAGAAGAGAAUAAUCCAAUACAUAUUCGCCAAACAGUCAAUGGAAAACAAUAUAGGCUGUUUGAUAAAUUUUUGCAAGUGUUGGAGAAUAACGAAUGGUACUAUGUAAAACUGACAUCAGUCUAUAGAAUGAAAUUUUUAUGCCAAUCUCUUUGUUACUCUGGACAAACAAAAAUGACUUCGUACUAUAAGGCAAAAGGUCCAUCAACAGAUUGGGUUUUAGAUUGUGGUUCUGCAAAAAAAUUAUCCGAUUGUACAAUAAUAAAGAGCUAUAGCAGGUAUACGACUUACGGAUUAUUUACUUGCUAUGGAUCUAAAGCAAAUCAAAUUAUUCUUUAUAAUCAAAAGAAGCAAAGUACAUUUAGAAAUGUUCGUAUUUCUGGUAUGGAAGUUCUAUCAAUUUAUGGAGUAGCGCCAUCCUUUGAAAAUUGUAUCAUUGACGCUGGACUACAGGGUUUAACGUUUGUCGAGAACGACAGACGUAAAACUUUACAUCUACAUAAUCUGACAAUAGAGAACAUUCACGAUUAUGGUAUUUUAUUGGUUAGAAAUGAGAAUGCAACAGUUUCUCAAUCGAAAUUUAAUCGGGUCAUGAACGGAAUUGGAUGGAAAGAUAUGAAUAAUACCUUUACUGCUCCUGUAGUUAGUAACUGGUCUCUUUUAUAUUUCUGUUCAGCUGAAUCUGUACAUAGAUUUGAAGAGAACGAAGCUGCUUUAUGGACAAAUGCCACUUGGUAUACUUCAUAUAGUCACGCCGGAUGUUCUAAAGUUUUUGAGGCUCCCGAAGGAUAUUUUAUUGAACUAAGAGGUUCUUGUAUAAAUUGGUACUGCGAUUACGCUAGUAUUUCUGUCUUCGAUGCCGAUAAUGAUGAUAUAUUGUUAGAAGAAAAGGUAAUAUCUAAAGCGUUUGUAUUUCGCUCUUUUAAAAGAAAGAUACGAAUAGAAAUAAUCAGACAAGGCAGGUAUUACACUGACCUACUUGUUAUGCCAGCGAAAGAUUUAACCAAACUAUGUACAUUCGAAAAAUCGUCUUGUGGCUGGGAAAAUGCUAUUGAAAAGAAUAGCAAACAAUCAACAAUUUUCAUUGAACGUAAAUCUCCAAAAGAUUUUGGGAAUAAUCUUAAAAAUGACCUAGAUAAUCAAUUAACGCAAUUAGGUCAUUAUCUUAUGUUUCAUAACAGACCAAAAUCUCAAAAUAGGCAGUAUUGUUAUAGAAAUUUACAAUACGGAGCUAUAGGAUUAAUAAAAAGUGAUUGGAUAGAGGCGGAAGAUAACAUAUGCUCAUUUGAAUUUUUUGCCUACGAAAAAUUUCCAGUAACGUAUAAAGGUCAAAAAUUAGAAGUAUUCGCAGAAAUAGGAAACAAAUACGAACUAUUGAAAACAAUUAGGUUAAAAGAAGAUUGGACAUUUUAUAAAAUAUCUGUCUGGCAUUUAAGAAAGAAACGAUUUCGUAUUAUAAUAAAGAACCAUUUUAUGGAUUAUUGCGAAUCGUUUACUGGAAUUGAUCAGACAACUUUUAACAGGUGCGAUAGAAAAGAUGAUGAUGUUAGUCUUCAAGUUCAUAGUAAUUACUUUCAAAAUUGUUUGGCCGAUUGUAUUGAUAUAUUUGGAAAUUCUUUGGAGGGUAAUCAACAAUUUUCAAUAGAGAGAAAUGAUUUCUCUCAACCUCUCCUGUCAGCUAAAAGAUUAAUUAAUAUGGAGAUUGAGAAUGGUAAAAUCUUGAUAAAAAAUUUGAAUAUUCAUAAUCUAAAGAACUCUAUUGUUGCUCGAAUCAUUUUCAAUUCUAAUUCAAACUACGGCAAUUCCUAUUUAACAUUUACUCAGAAUUCAGUAUCUUAUCUAGGCAACUCCACCGUACUGACAGCAACGAAUAUGGGAAAUCGUAAGGUGUUAGCCAAUAUAGAAAGAUUAUCGGUUACGCAUAGUCAGUGCAACAAGAACUUUAUUAAUAUAACAAGCAAUAUGGCUGUAGAUAUGAAAAAUAACUUCUUUUACGAAAAUAACGUGGAGGAUAAUAUCAUUUUAAUACAGAGCAUUAGUACCAUCAAGAUGAGAGAUUGUACUUAUAUAUUUAAUAAGAAUACUUCAUCUUUUAGUCAACCUAUAGCAAUUAAAGUUGAAAGCUCUAAUACUGAUGUUCAGAAUAAUAUAUUCAAUAAUCCACUUUUGCCAUAUGAAUUACAUAGUACUGUUAAAUCUUCUUCUCUCUAUAAUUUCCAAAAGAAUUGGUGGGGUUCUACGAAAUUGGAAGAAAUCUAUAAAAGGAUAAUAAGUAUACAAAAACCUCUAGGUUUGGACAAUAUAACAAUUGAACCAAUUCUUAACGAACCACCACCUACUUCACCAGGAAUUAUUGGAUGUCCUACCGGAUGGUUUUUAAUAAAGAACUCUUGUUAUUACUUUUAUUCGGGUGUGGGAACUUUUGAUAAAGGACUCAAUUGGUGUCUAAAUCACGAUGGUUUCUUAAUAAAUCAAACAACUUUAGAUACUACUGAAGCUCUUCAAGAUGUAUUAAAAUAUCGGGAUUUAACUGGUAAUGUCAAAAUGACCGAGAUAUGGACUACUACUGAUGAUAUUUCAGUUAAUGGUGAUCUACUAAAACCUUGGAUAUGUACUCUGCCAUUUGUUACCUAUUGUCCAUUUAAUUGCUUUAGUAGAGGUAAAUGCGUUGGGGGAAGUUGCGUUUGUAAUGAUGGCUGGACAGGAGAGUUUUGUUCCCAAUUUGACUGUAAAGAUAUUUCGGAAUGUUCGCAAAGAGGAAUUUGUAUUGGACCAAAUAAAUGCUUAUGUGAUCCAAAUUGGUAUGGAUCAAAUUGCGGUUCUUCCAAAUGUCCGAGAUACACAUCAUGCUACCAAUGCACAAACAACGAGGGAUGUGGAUGGUGUGAUUCUACGCAAACUUGCCAACCUGGAAAUGCCAUAAGAUCUGAAAGCUCUUGUGAAAAUUGGUUUUAUUGGAAUUGUAUAUCCGUUUCGACGACGUCAGCAUGUUCGGCAGAAAUUCGAAAUAUAGGGUGCGUGGAACAAUUCUGCAAUAGUGCGAAUGAAGAUUCUACAACGGGACUUUGCGAACAAUGCAAAGAUUUAGAAAUGUGUUAUAAAACUUCUGGCAAUAAUUGUAAAAUAUGGAAUGAAAAGACCUGUAGGGAUGGAACUGUAAGCCCUAAUCUUUAUACCGAAAACAGGCUUAAUUCGUUAGAACUUGAAGAUAAUGUUGAAAACAUAUCAGAUUCAAAAAUCGUCUAUCGUUGUACGUCAUCCUUUGACGCUUUAUGGGAAAAUGACGAUAGAUAUCAAGUUUUGAUUAUACCCGAUACAGAUUAUCAGUUGUUUCCUUUAGGAAGCAUACUAUAUAGCUCCAAAUCUUCUGUAAUGCACAAAGUUGAAGAAGAGUGGUAUUCUGCUGCAAACUACUCUAUAAUACUUGGGAAGUGGGUGACAGUUGAUCAGAUAUUAAAGUAUGGUCACUUUGGCGUAAACGUCACCUUUAAAUCUAUAAUUUCUUCAAGAUUCAUUGAUUAUCCAGAAAAUGAUAAAACUUUGAAGAAAUUUUACGAUUCUAGUCUAUUAUUUCUUGAUCUUGGUAACGAAAAUGUAAUAAAAUGUUCAGGUCAAAGAUACAACUACAAAGAUAAGGUAGUAUGGUCCUAUUAUUUUAUCACGAAAUUCGAUGGUUCAAGUAAAAGCGAUAUAUUGGUUUAUCGAGGACCAAAUGGAUUCUUAGAAGAGAUAAAAAGUUUUAAAUACACCAAUUCCGAUGUUUUUAUUGAAACCGAAAUUAUCGAUUGUUCUCUAUACGAUUUCAACGAAAAUCAAACUCUGGCUUUUAAUAAUAUAUCGACUAUAUCGUCAGAUCUAAAUUGCGAUUAUCAUAAGACGUUAAAUCGUCUUUAUUAUAUGGAUAGGAACAAGUUUAGUAGGAAGUUCAAUAAAGGGGAUUUCCUAUUUGGGAGAGAAUCCGCAGUAUCUGUUGGAGUUGUUCUUAAUAGUAAAAAACUUACAAACAAUUGGAAUUUAAUUGAAGUUAUUGAUUUGUUUACAAUUUCACCAAAUAUGGAUGAGAUUACCGUCCAAGAUUUAAAUAAUCUUAAGAAGAUACCGUUAAAUAAUCCUUUUAAAGAAUCUUCAGAGAAUACAAUAGAAAAUAAAUUUGAAUUGAAAGAUAACAUAAAUAAGGAAGAUUAUGUUUUGAAUAUUCAAGGAAGCGUUACAUUACUAAAUUCUAUUGCUUUUGAAUUGAAACUAUCACCUUAUGACUCAUCACUUGAAAGUUUCAAUAUAAUAUCUAAUGGAUUAGUGAAAUAUAAUACUCAGUUUUCGAUAGUUUACUCUGAAAGUACAGAUAAGAUAGAUCAAUUUCAAAAUUAUACUGUGGUUCGAGGAAUUGAAAAGGAAAUUCCAUUCUUCGUUGAAAUCUCCGGAAUAUCUAUACCAGGUACAAUAAAAACUGGCAAAGUACUUGUUAAACCUAGCAAAACAUUUUUUGGCGGGAAAACAAACUUGAAUUUACAAACAAACUUCUAUUCGGAUUAUUACGUUGAAACUAAAUAUUCGAAAGAUAAGAAACGCGAAAUAUCCGGCUACGGAAAUUUAUAUAAUCAAAGUUUAUCAUCUAUUGAUGGAGACUGGUUAACAACUGGACAAUUUGACUUGAAUAUUGCUACUAUGUCAACAAUUAAAUGGCCUGAUUUUAAGGUUUAUAAACAAUUAAAGUUACGUACAAAUACUAAUAAUAAAUUGGAAAGAAACACUAACUUGGACAGUUUAAAGAGCAAAUUGAAAAAUUUUAAAACAUCGUCGAAUGCUUCUUCUUCCGGUUUUGAAACGGAAGUUGAUGUAGAUAUUAAUCACAAAAUAACAUCUACUUAUGGAUACUGCAAUGGAAAUAUCUGCAAGGAUGAUAAGAAAGCAAUUUCAGCCGUUCUUGCAGUUAAAAACGAUUUCAUCGAAGGAAAUAUGAAAUUUAUGGAAAGUAGAGAAUCAAUGAAAUAUAAUAUGAAUGGUAAUCUCUUGAGAUUAGCAAGUACAUGUAAAUCUUCCGGGGAAGGAGACGUUGUUGAAGGGAAAUGCUGUUCGUGUAUUAGUGGCGGAAAAUCAACUCUUGGAUGGUUUAACACUAAAUUAAAGCUAUGUUUGUGUCCUUGCACUUGCGAUACUGGUAAGAAAGCUUCUAGUUGGAUGUUACCUCACGAUUCCUGUUCGUGCUGCUCUGAUGGAUCGGCAAAACCUGUUGAUAAUCCUGUAUUUGAGUGUCCGUGUAGGUGUAAGGAUGGAACUGUUUCAAGUUUUGGACCAGACGGUUGUAGAUGUUCGCCUUGUCCAAAAUGUCCGAAUGGAGAAGCACCUAAAAUAAGAUCUGAUGGAUCUUGCUUAUGUAAUCAAUUAUGCGGCGUGAAUGGCGUUUGUACAACAUAUAGAAGUGGGUCUAAUUGCGAUCAACCCGUCUGCCUACCAGAAAGAAAUUGUAACGGCAACGGAAUGUGUACGGCAACCGCCAAGUGCAAUUCAAAAUGUACUUGCUACCCUGGCUUUACGGGAUUAGCUUGCGAGAACAAAGUUUUUAGAAAAAUGUGGGGAGAUCCCCAUCUGGAGACGUUAGAUGGACGAAAGUUUAAUUAUUUCGGUAUAGGACAAUAUUGGGGAUGUAGAUCGGAUACGCUGGCUUAUCAAUUCCGAUUUUAUGGCUACAAAGGAACAUCUUUCAUUGGUGCUAGCAGUAUAAAAUUAGGUCACUCAUCAAUUCUUACAAUCAGUACAAGAGUAAACGUUGAAAAAAGCGAUCUACCUUUGAUAAGAAUAGAUGGAUCGAUUGUUAAAAAUCUAACAGGAAUGUCUAAGAGAUCGUUCGAUUCUGGCAGAGUUAAAUUAACUAUUUUUAAUCCUCAAACUGAUAGUAACAGUGAUGAAACUACCUUGCUAAUCUUUUCAAUAGAUUACGUAAAUGGUGCAUUCCUCUCUGUUGCUGUAUCGUAUAGUCCUGUUAUGAAAAGGCAAUAUUUGAGCUUUGCUUUAGUACCUUCAAAAUCCAUGUUCAACAUGACUUCCGGCCUCUGCGGUCUAAUGAAUAAUAAUCUUAAUGAUGAUUUUACUGGUCCUGAUGAUACAGUUUACGAAACAUCGGAAGAAUUCGGAAAUUCAUGGAGAAUGAAUAAUGUCAAAAGAUCUGAUGGAGGUUUAUCCAAAAGCUGGUCGGAUUACAAGUCUAACUUUCAUAAAGAUGAUUUAAUGGAUCAAUCAUAUACAGAUCCAAAUUUUAAGCCUAUAUACUCGUUAGAUCAAUUUUCUAAUUCUGAAAAAAAUUCAGCGGCUAGAGAAUGCGCUGAGGAAAAUUUGAAAGGUGAAGAAAAAACAAACUGCGUAUUUGACGUUCUAUUUUCAAAGGAUCUAUCGUUAAGUCAUCAAUUUCAUCUUCAGUUGAGACAAUGUUCUAAUGAAUGUUCCUUCCAUGGUAUUUGUUUCAACCGUAAAUGUUCUUGUUUGGAUGGAUGGUCUGGUGAUUCGUGUGAAAUUGGCAAUUGCGAAAAUUGUAUAAAUGGAUAUUGUUCAGCAGGAUUUUGUAUUUGUUUCGAUGGAUAUGAAGGUUCCAAUUGCGAGAGAAAAGCAGUUUGCGACGAAGAAUGUUCGCCUAGAGGAGUUUGCGUUGGUUCAAAUAAAUGUAAAUGUAAUCCUGGAUGGACAUCUUCUUCAUGCUCUAGAAAAUCAAAAUGCUCCAAUCAGUGUUCAAAUCGAGGAAUUUGUAUUGACGACGAGGUCUGCGAAUGUAAUUUAGGCUAUAAUGGCACGACCUGUUCAAGCUUUAGCUGUGAAAGCAGAAAUUGGUGUUCAGGAAAUGGUUUGUGUAUAGGCUAUGAUAAUUGUUUGUGCUCUCUUGGAUGGGAAGGGCAAUCAUGCUCAGUACCUGUUUGCAAGAAUCAAUGCUCUGGUAAUGGACUAUGUAAGUAUCCUGGAGUGUGUUCAUGCUUUAAUGGAUACACAGGAUCGGAUUGUAGUGAACGAAUUGAAUGUCCAUUAGCAAACAACUGCAAUGGCCACGGUAUCUGUGAUAAGAAUUUAGAUAGAUGUAUAUGCGAUUAUGGAUAUGACAGAUUUGAUUGUAGCAGAGCAAUCUGCGCAGUUGGUUGCGAAACUAAUGGAGUUUGCGUUGGUCCAAGCAACUGUCAAUGUCGACAAGGUUUCAAGGGCAAUAAUUGCAAAGAAUUUUCUUGUGAAUCCCUUAAUUAUUGUUCAGGACACGGCCAAUGUACAUUUUUUAAUCAAUGUACAUGCGAUAAAUAUUGGUUUGGCGCAUUAUGCAAUCAAGUAAACUGUAUAGAUGCUAAUAAUUGCAAGAUUAACGGUCGAUGUCUAGAUAGGGAAACUUGUGUCUGCGAAAAGGGAUUUACCGGUUCAAAUUGCUCAAUACCGAUUAAAAAUGAUACAAUAACUCCACAAUUUAUUAACAGUAAUUAUACAAUAGUUGUUAGUGAAUAUUUGAAAACUGGUAGUUAUUUGUUAAAAUUGAAUUUAAAUUCUCCUGAUAUAAGAAAAUCUGUCUAUUUUUCCAUAUUUGAUACGAAAAUUCCAAUAGCAAUUAACAGUAAAGAUGGCGUUUUAAGAACAACUGCAAAAUUAUCUCCUGGUAUAUAUGAUGUUACUUUACUUGUUGCUGAUAGAAAUUUAUACAAUCAACAAUCAAUUGCAAAAUUGAAAUUGACUGUUUUGCAAAUAAAACAAUGUCCACGAAUUAGGAUACCUGAGGAGAAUAGAAUCUUAAAAAUAGGUUACAAUACUUCAAUGGGAACAAUAUUAACACCUAUAAAGUAUUUUACAAAUAAAGAAGACGUUCUUUCAGAAUCUGAUAUAAUUAAAAAAUUAACAGAAUUAAAUAGCCAAUCAUCUGAUAGCUUUGUUAUCAAUUCAACAAAUAUUAUUACUGCAAAAUAUCCACUGCAAAUUGGUAAAUAUAAAUUAAAACUAACAAUUCUGGACAAAUCAGACAAAAAUUGCAUAUCAACUGUAACGUUUAGUGUUGAUGUAUUAUCGCAGAGUUUAAAUCAUAUUUAUCCUAUUCUUACAACUGUUGUCACAACUGUUGAAACAACUGUUGAAACGACUGCUAAAACUACUAGAGAAAUGACGACCAAACUACCUAAAAUAUCUACUGAAUUAUUAAAUACACAAACUUCUCCAUUCUUCGAUCAUCAUUCGAGAAAAGUAACUCAAAAUGGUGAAAAUAUUGCUCAAACAACGCAAUAUUCAUUUGAAACGACAGUCUACGAAAACUUUACAAACUCUUUUCUAGGGACUACCAAUGAUAAUAGUUCUAAAAAGACAGUAACUUUCGUUUUAAUAGGCCUUGGUUGUUCACUUGUCAUAAUCUGUAUGAUAAUUGGCAUUGUAUACUUUAUCAAAAUGAGGAAUAACUUGAAUUUUUUAAAAUUUUAAAGAAAAACUAUUUCAACUGCAUCACUUGUGUACAAUUUUUAUAUACCUUUUGCAAUAGGCAUAAAUAGACUCUUAUGUUGCUUUUAAAUGUUCAAACGUAAGAAAUAUUAUCUUUAAAUAAAGUAUUGAACCUCAUUGAAUGAUUCUAAUUUAAUAGGCUUUAAAAAAUAGGCUUAAUAAAUACUAAUAUCAUGCGUAUUUCUUAAGUAACAAAUACCUUCGUAUAUACAAUAGUACGAAAAAAAACUCUACUGUGAUAUUUCAAAACAUGGUGUACAACUUUGGUUAUAGUUUACAUGCUUGAACUCUAUUAUUUGAUGCAACUUAUACAUGUACAUCUUAAAACUUACGCAAGAAAAUGCUAUAACAUUGGCCAAACAUAAGUCUGAUUAGUCAGCUUGAAGGCUCAUCUUUAAUUACCAAUAAAGGUUUGGCCAAGUUAUAAUUUAAUUAACUUGCCUAGGGUGUGGCCAAGUUAUAAUUCAAUUAACCUUCC